CGGCCCGGGCUUACGUCACCGCCCGCCUAGGUCCGGCCUGACUUCUGGGCCAGCCGCCCUCCGUCUCUCGUCGCGUACUGCUGUGUGCUGCCCCGGGCCGGCGUCGGAGUGAACUGGGCGGCCAAGGCAGAGCCAGAGUGGGCGCGAUGAAGGCACUGAUCUUGGUGGGCGGCUAUGGGACGCGUCUGCGGCCGCUGACGCUGAGCAUCCCGAAGCCACUGGUGGAUUUCUGCAAUAAGCCCAUCUUGCUGCACCAAGUGGAGGCGCUGGCCGCGGCAGGCGUGGACCACGUGAUUCUGGCCGUGAGCUACAUGUCUCAGGUGCUGGAGAAGGAAAUGAAGGCGCAGGAGCAGAGGCUGGGAAUCCGAAUCUCCAUGUCCCAUGAAGAAGAGCCUCUGGGGACAGCUGGGCCCCUGGCACUUGCCCGUGACCUGCUCUCUGAGACUGCAGACCCUUUCUUCGUCCUCAACAGUGACGUGAUCUGUGAUUUCCCCUUCCAAGCCAUGGUGCAGUUCCACCGGCACCACGGCCAGGAGGGCUCCAUUCUGGUGACCAAAGUGGAGGAACCCUCAAAGUAUGGUGUGGUGGUAUGUGAGGCUGACACAGGCCGCAUUCACCGGUUCGUGGAAAAGCCACAGGUGUUUGUGUCCAACAAGAUCAACGCAGGAAUGUACAUCCUGAGCCCCGCGGUGCUGCGGCGCAUCCAGCUGCAGCCUACAUCCAUUGAGAAGGAGAUCUUCCCUGUCAUGGCCAAGGAGGGGCAGCUAUAUGCCAUGGAGCUGCAGGGCUUCUGGAUGGAUAUAGGGCAGCCCAAGGAUUUCCUCACCGGCAUGUGCCUCUUCCUACAGUCCCUACGACAGAAGCAGCCUGAGCAACUGUACUCAGGCCCUGGCAUUGUGGGCAACGUGCUGGUGGACCCGAGUGCCCACAUCGGCCGCAACUGUAGCAUUGGCCCCAAUGUGAGCCUGGGCCCCGGUGUAGUGGUGGAAGAUGGUGUGUGCAUCCGAAGGUGCACGGUGCUGCGGGGUGCCCGCAUCCGCUCCCACUCCUGGCUCGAGUCCUGCAUUGUGGGCUGGCGCUGCCGCGUGGGCCAGUGGGUGCGCAUGGAGAACGUGACGGUGCUGGGUGAAGAUGUCAUCGUUAACGACGAACUCUACCUCAAUGGGGCCAGCGUGCUGCCCCACAAAUCUAUCGGCGAGUCGGUGCCGGAACCUCGCAUCAUCAUGUGAGGGGAUGCUGGGGGCUGGCUGAGUCCCCAUUUCCCUGAUGGCAGGGGGCACCCUGGCCUGACACAUCCGAAGGCCCUGGACUCACUGUUUAUCUGGGAGGACCGGACAAGGCUGAAGGGUUGGGACACCUACCCUCUCCUGUGGACACAAUCUGGCAGGACCCUUGCUGGGCAUACCCCACAAAGCCUACUCCCUCAAGAAGGGCCGGGCCAGGGCUGUAUGGAAUAAUAAUUUAAUGCUCACUGUGGCCCUGACUGAAAGUCGAGCUCAGGCACAAUUAGGACACGGCUGGGCUCCUGCCAGUGAGGUUACACUCAGGCAAGGAGGUUGGACAUGGCAGGGGGGGUCAUGGGAACAGGGCAAGGGGAGCUCAUAAAUAGGGCCCAGCCUGGGUCUGAGUUCAGGGGUGGAGGCUGCUGCUGUGUGGGCUAGGCGGCUGAGGAAGUGGUGGUACUGGCGCUUGCCGUCUUCUCCCAGUCCUCUACAGACACAAUGGUGGCUUUGCAGAAAAAGCAGUCCUUGUUGUUCAUCAGGUGCUGGUUGAUGCAGGCUCUACAACGGGGGCAGGGGGGAGGAUGAAGAGGGCCUGAGUACCCUUGCUGCUUCCGCAGCUCCCUGCACCCAUGGGGCCCACUUACUUGCAGGACUUAUGGCCACAGGGCUGGAACACAGCAGAGAUGGGGUGAGCAUAGCAGAUGGGGCAGAGGUCCUCCUCGCUGGUGGGCUGCAGGGAGCAGAGUGCAGGGUGGGUUGGGGAUGGUCACCCAGACAAGCAGACAAAAGACUAUACCUAAACAGCGUGCACAGUUGUGCCAGCAUGUAUGCAGGGGCAUACACCUGGGUGCCGUGGUGCCCACUCACCAGGGAGGCAGCCGCUGCCUGGGCAGACGCAGAGGUCAGGUGUGCCAGCAUCUGUUCCACCUGAGCCAGCUCCUCGGCACUGAUGUAAUCUGUGUCUGGGGGUGAUAGCAGGUGUCAGACCCAAUGUGGCCCUAGAACCCAGUGCGUCUUAAGCACCACAACUUGGGGAUUUGCUCUUGAGACUCCUGAUCUAGCCCAGCCCCAAAUCCCUGACCCACCCCCGGCCCACUCACAGCUCUGCAGGGAGAAGCGCUUCCGGUCAGGGGCAGGCAGGGCAGUGCCAGGGGCAGAGGGCUCUGGCUGCCCCAAGAGAUAACAUAUAGAGCGGAGCUGGAAGCAGGGAUCAGCAAGGAGCACUGACGUGGCUCUCUCUGUCCUAGUGGGAGAAUGGGGGUAAGGAUAGUCAGAAAGCAGUACCUGCUGGAGAAGCGGGAAUGGUGGGACAGUCCAGCCCACAUCCCUGCUUUUCACUUCCUGUCCCCCACCCCCAUGUCUCUUAUCCUAGACCCCAGUAAGAACUCCUAUAGCCUGGGUGCUAGUUUAAGGGGGUGACCAGCAGAUGGCGAAAGCCCGCCUACUCCUAAUAAACACUAACUCUCCAAAGAAGACAAUAAAAAACAUCACUAGCAGCUU